AUGAAAAGCCAAUUAACAGGAUUUCUUACGAGUUUUUGGAUUUCCUUUUCAUUUGCUUUGUAUUUUCACAGUGGAGAAAGAGAAGAGAAAUGUAUAAUUGAAGAUGUUCCCAGCGACACGUUGGUAAUUGGGAGUUACAAAGUACAACGCUGGGAUAUACAUAAACAAGACUUUCUUGAAUCUGCUCCUGGUUUGGGAAUGUUUGUGACCGUCACAACUCCUUCUGCAGAGGUGCUAUUGUCAAAACUGUAUGGGCCACAAGGAGCAUUUUCGUUUACAUCCUAUCUAUCUGGGGAGCAUGUUAUCUGCUUACAGUCUAACUCCACAAGGUUUGUGGCAUUUGCAGGAAGUAAACUG